AAACAUACACUUUUAAACCGGAAGUUUCCAAGGUAAACAAUGAUCAGUGUUACUGGAGUGGUUUUGCCAAUAUUGAACUGAACUUUCUAUGUAGAAAAAAACGUCUAGGGAUCUGGAAUAAAAAUGGGUGAUAAUGUGAUAUAUAGGGAGGAUGGCAGCAAAGUUGAACUAGGAUCACGCCUUGAAUGUGAAGGGUACAAGGCUGUUCUUAAAUACAUAGGACCGGUCCCUCCUACAAAAGGUAUAUGGCUUGGUGUAGAAUGGGAUGACUCAGACAGGGGGAAGCAUAAUGGUACACAUGAAGGGAAAACAUACUUUAAAACCAAGCAUCCAAAGUCGGGAUCAUUUAUUCGUGAGAAGAAAGCAACUUUUGGUGUUCCAUUUAUGAAUGCUGUCAAAGACAGGUAUGGCAAAAUUGAAGAUGAAAAUGCUGGUGUGAUUACAGAGGAAUUGUUUGUUGUUGAUGAACAAAAUAAACAAACUGUGGUGGAAAUGGUUGGAGCUAGAAAAGUGAAUGAUUUACAGAGUAAACUAGAUGCAUUAAAGGAAGUAGCAAUACGAGGGAUGACUGUUUAUGGAACAUUAGAGUCACAUGAUCUUUCUGUACUGGUUCCCAGCAUAGAAAUCUUGGACCUGUCACAGAAUCUAUUACCUUCCUGGGAACAAGUUGCUUCAAUUACAAGACAGCUGAAAAAACUGAACUCAUUAAAUGUUAGUGAGAACAAUUUAGAGAUACCAGGUGAUCGGAAGGCAUUGCUGUCCAGUUUUUCACACAUUAAAGUGCUGUUCCUUAACAGAACAGGAUAUACAUGGGAGCAGAUAUUACAAUGUUGUGAGAUGUUUCCAAAUCUAGAACAAAUACAUGCCUGUUUUAACAAAAUAGAGAAACUCUCCAGUGUGGAAGGAAAAAUACAAAAUACAACACUUGUUAAUUUAGAAUCCAAUAAAAUUUCUGACUGGUCAGAGUUUUUAAAACUUGGACACUUACCUAGGUUAAAGACAUUAAUAGGAAGUGACAAUGGUAUACAAACUAUACAGUUCCCUAGCAACGAUACUACAACUACAGACUUGUUCAAGGAGCUUAACACUUUGACCCUCAAUCAGAACAGUAUAAGUGAGUGGGACAGUAUUAAUGAAUUGAACAAACUAGCUCACUUAGAGGAGUUGCGGUUGAAACUGAACCCUAUAAUGGAUUCUAGUAAACCUCAGACUGUUAGACAGCUGCUCAUAGCUAAAUUAAAAGAUGUCAAAGUUGUUAACAGAACUAAGGUAACACCUGAGGAAAGAAGAGAUGCAGAAAUUGAUUACUUGAAGCGAUUUGGUCCGGAUUGGGUGAAAUCAGGAGGCAGUCAGGAUGUAAACAAGAGUAAACCAUCAGAAGAAUUCCUUAAAAACCAUCCACGCUUCCAAGAAAUUCUGAAAAAAUGGGGAGCACCUGAGGACUCUGAGAUGGAAAAGAAACCAACAACACUUAAAAGUGGUCUAAUCACUGUGAAAUUUGAGGUUCCAUCCAUGCCUGAUGUAGAAAUGAUGGAGAAAAAAUUGCCUGGUACAAUAAACAUAUCCAGACUGAAGGCACUGGUGACUAGGCUGUUUAAAUUGGAUAGAGAUACAAUUAAUCUUUCUUAUUUAAGCAAAAAGAUGAAAAAUGAAGAAAUAGAAAUGGACAAUGAUCAGAGAGAUCUCUCAUAUUAUUCUAUAGAACCAGGGGAUGUUAUACAAGUGAAAUUUUAGCAGCAUAAUUCAAAACUUGACUCAUAUGAGCCAAUUAACAGCUAAUUGAUAUGACAGGCUUUGCCACUGAUUCUGUCAGAUAGUCACACUAGACUUUUUAUAAAGCUUCCUUAUUUUUAGUAUUGUGAAUAAAUUAACAGAAGACAAUUCCAAACUCAAAACUAGACAAAUCUGUAGCAUAAAUAUAAUUUGGUAAAGGUUAAAGCAGCAUGCAUUCAGAUUUGUGUUAAUUUUCAUGCAGAUUCUAAUAUUGUGUUAGCUAAUGAACAAUAUUGAGAAAUAAAAAAAGUAAAGCAAAAUUAACAAAACAAAAGGCAUCAACUUCCAAAAGAAGCUACUGGUAACAUGUCAGAAUAAGCAAAAUGAUCCCAUAUUCCACACAUAGCGGGGUAGAAUUAUCACUUUAAUGAUAGUUUACUUGUAUUCUACCAUGUCUUGCAUAAAAUAUAUUGAUACAUUUUUUAAACAAUCCCAUGUUAUUUUUCUUCACUUUUUUUUUAAAAAGUUUCUUUACGCAUCUGUUGUUGUGAAGCUUUAAAGGGACUCCACUGAGGUUUAAAAGUCUAAAAACAUAACACUUGAAUUUCUUACAUAAAUGAGCUGGGGCACUUUAAACAAAGAUAGUUAAGAAAUAUACUUUGAAAUAAAUUGAAAAUCGUAUUUCUAUGCUUUUCUUAGCCUAAUUUGAGUGAAAAGUGUUCAAACGCUUAUCAGUUUAGGUCAUUUUUUUACAAUUUGAAUAAUUAUUCUGGAAAAACCGUGUGCGCGAAUGAUCUGAAAUUUUGCACAAAGAUUAGUGGUCUUAACCUACAUCAAAUGGUUCAAUUAUCUGGAAAAAAUAUUUUCAGUCCCAUCAUGUCAAAAAACCUCAGUGGAGUCCCUUUAAGCUAUAUGUUAUGAACAUUUUGUAUAUAUUUAUUAAAGGAGAAGUGUAUUGUUUACAUAACGUAAUGUCUGAUUCUCCAAAGAGUUGUAGCAUAGACUAUCUCUGUAAUUUUAAACACAUGAAUAUUAUAUGUACACAGAAUAAAAUGUUCUGGAAUAAAGUAUUAUGCUUAUUAUUAUUAUUUUAGGUAGGAUUUAGUAAUGACUUUAUGCAUGCAUCAUUCGCUGUUAAGGAAUUUCAAAUAUAUAAACAUUUUUCUUUCACACAGGUAUAUUGGAAGUAAUUAAAAUAAAAAUAAUAUUUGUUUAAUCAAAUAUAUAGCUCUAUAUACAUAAAAAAUUUAAAAUAAGUUUAAGUAAUUUCUUGUAAUUGAGCUAUCAUGAUUGUAAGUAACUUGUGAGUUUAUUUACCAUACUGUAAUUGUGCUAUUGUUUUCCUGCUGAAAAUUUGCACCUUAAUUUCAAUAUUCAAAAUUUAGUUUAAACAUAGUUUAUUUAAAAAAGUUUCACAGUAUAUAAUAUACAAAUAAUACCAAUUAUUAAUUUACACAAUACAGGCAUGAAUUAUUGUAGAAGGAUUGGGUCCGACAGCUGAGUUUAUAAAGACCUUCUCCUAAAUAGAUUUACAAUGCAUAAGAUACAGUAUGACAGUAUUAAAAAUUGGUCAGAAUGCACAGACAUGCAGACUAGCAUGUCUAUAUAAUGAUAGCAUAGGUAUUUUAUAACUGUUCCUGACACUAUAAAAGAGUAAAAAUGCUCUCAAAUCUGCUUCCUGCUUUAUACACAUAGUUAUAGUUCUUGGCCAAUGAUACCACUUGCAAAAAUGAUACAAAAUGGACAUGACUGUUUCUAGACACUAGACUUAGUAGUUGUGAUACUAUUAUAUUUAUAUGUACAAAUGUAUAUACUUACUUGUAGUAUAAUGCUUUUGUGAUUAAAUAACCCCGUUUUCAUACAUUUUUAGCACAUGUUGACUGAAAGAGAGCUUUUUAUUACUUUACAUUACUGUUCAACGACUAGCUAUUUGAAUAAUUUGGCUACAUUUUGUUGCAGAUAUACCAAUAAAAUAAAAAUAAAUCA